UGACCAGAAAAUUGAGAAGAAAGAGAAAAUUACAAAGGAAACGUUCUCUCUAUCCCUCUCUGGUUCGAAAAGGCCACACAGAGGACAAAAGCGAGGGUUUUGUGAAGAGAGAGAAAAUUCUCAGCUCACACAGAGAAGCCGAUGCGAAAUACACGAAGUUAUCGGAUUAAGAUUGAUUUCUAGAGAGAGAAAGUCUAGAGAGAGAGAGAGAGAGAGACAGAGGAGCUGUUUCGCUGUUGGGAUCAAAUUCGAGUCUCUCUCUUCCUCCAAAGCCUUUUCACUGCUAGGGUUUUCCUUUUAUGGAGAGGAAGACGUGCUAUUUAUUUGGCUAUUGUGAUUAUUAAAUUUCAAUCUUUGGUUUACAUCUGAACUUGAUCAAAGGCCCAUUGAAGGAACUGGAUGCAGCGUGAAUUGUUUCCUGAAACUUCUCUAUAGUUUCUUGGGAUGAAGGAAUAUGUAUUAGCAUGUGACAAGGACUUCUUUGGCGCUUGGAAGUCCUAAGUGGCAUGUGAAGCACUAUGACGCUUGAAGAUUUCUUUACCCUGACUGAGAUGAAAGAUGGGCUCACCGCUCCUGCUCGAGUUAAGGAGCUGAUCACUGUAAUGCAGAAAGAGAAAGAUUGUGUGGUGAAUGUUGGUGAUGCAACCAGGCAGUGGUCUACUGUUGCAAGCACUAUAGCAGCUACUGAGAAUAAAGAAUGUCUUGAUCUUUUUAUUCAAUUAGAUGGACUCUGGUUUAUUGAUAGGUGGCUUAAGGAUGCUCAGAAGUUUGGUAAUGAUACAAGUGACAGCUUUGUGGAAGAGUCAAUCACUGCAUUACUACGGGCGCUUAAAAAGCUGCAUAUAGACAAUGAGAAGUCAGUUUCCUCUGGAAUCUGGAUGACUGUUAAGAAUCUCCUUGGCCACAAUAAUUCUAGUGUUCAGGAUAGGGCUAGAACUCUGUUUGAUAGCUGGGAGCAAGACAGAGAUAGAAAUGCGAAUUCCAAGGAUGUUGAGAAUGGUGGGGCAAUUUGUGAUGAUGGGAUAGUAAGUGCAAAUAUUGCUAAUGAGAGUGGAAGCCUAGAAUGUUCCGCCAGGGAUAUUUCUCCCUCCAGAGGACGUGAGAAUGAAGAGAAACAUGUUGAGCCUGCCAGAGAUGAAAAGAUGUCAUCAGUUAGUUCAGACACUGUUCAAUCAGAAAGGCAUGAUGUACAGAUCCAAACAUCUGAUGAAAUUUUGGACCAUGCCAUUAGCAAGGAUGUGCCUGGGGAUGCUGUGGGCUCCCCCAUCAUGUUAAAACCUAGUAAAGAAGACCUUUCUGUCAAGGAAGAUCGCCCCAUACAUUGUUCAGAAGGAACCAACUUAAUUGAUACUUGUAGUUCUGUGGAUCCAGUGCAAGAUGUUGAAGGGAAGUCAGAUGUUCCAAAGUUGGAUGAAAACACUGAUGAUGGUAAUCAGGUGCAAACGAUCAUAGGUUCCCUGGACCAAUUUCGUGUAAUGGACGUAUCUUCUGUUUCCAAUCUGUUGGAACCUGGAGCUCUUUCUUCAAGUGUCAAUGCUACAAAUGCUCCAAAAUCUGCAAUAGAAGAUCACCUUCAAAACAAUACUGAUUCCAAAGAUCAAGACUAUAAUCUAAAAGCUUCCUCUUUUGGUGAUGUGAGAACAGUUGUGUUAAAGGGGAAGAGUGGGAUGGAUAACAUUGGAUCUAUGGAUCAUUGCAGCACACAGCUGUUUAGAACUACAGAUCAAGGUGGUGAAUGUUAUGGUAAUAUUUUACAGGAUUCUUCUGGCAGUGAGUCUAAAUUGGGGAAAACCAAGGAUCCAGAUACUUCUUUUUCCAAGGUAGAAGACCAUGGUGCAGCUGAUGAAGUCCAGGAGGAUGCUAGUGAUGAAGAUGGGGAUCUGGCAAAUGAUACGGAACCAGCAAUGGAAGACAAAGAUUCUGUUAUCGAGAAGAGGUCGUCUGAUUUCGACCUUGACUAUGGCACUGUAGAUGCUAUAGAAGUUGCUCGGCUAGUUGCUAUAGAAGUGGAAAGAGAGGUCGUGGAUCGCAUAGAGCAAAGUUGCAGCUCCUCUGAGAAGAUAUCAGAAGGUGGAAUCAGACAGCCAGAUAGCCCAGACUCUAUAAAUGGGAAAGAAAGCCAACCUGUUGAAGGCCCGCCUGAUGAUGUGCCAACUGGACUGGAUCUGUGUGCCGAGUCUUCACCAAAGGGGGAGGAGCCCCUAAUUAGUGUAGAUAACCUGGACACCGAGCCAGAACUUUGCAUGCACGAUAUGUCCUCUCAGGUUACUGAGGCGGCUCAAGAACCAGAAGGUCAUGCGGAGAAAGGCCUCUGUGAUUUUGAUCUGAACCAAGAAGUCUGCUCAGAGGAUAUGAAUCACCCAGUAAAUCUAAGCUCGACCCCCAUUUCUGUGGUUUCUGCUUCAAGGGCAGCAGCUGCUCCUGGUUUGCCUGUAGCACCUUUGCAGUUUGAGGGGGCUCUUGGUUGGAAGGGAUCUGCUGCAACUAGUGCUUUUCGCCCAGCAUCACCGCGCAGAAUUAAUGAUAGUGACAGGAGUUUCUCUGUUGGGGGGAGUUGCAAUAGUUCAAAGCAGCAGCAUUACUGCCUUGAUAUUGAUCUGAAUGUGGCUGAGAGUGGUGAUGAUAAAAUCGCAGAUCUAGAGCCGGGAAAACAAAUUAUGUUAUCAUCUGGCCUGCCUUCUGGAGAAUCUUCAGUGGAAGUGAGUCCAAGAAGAUCAGAGAGGUUCAAGUUGGAUCUUAACCGCAUCAGUGAUGAAGCUGAUGGCUCAUCAGAUUGGAAGAUGGAGGGAAGGCUCUUUCAGCUCAGGAACGGCCAUGGCAGCCCAUCUCCUUCUUCUUCAUCAUCAUCAAUGCAACCUGUCUUGAGGAACAUUGAUUUGAACGACCAGCCAUCCUUUUAUAAUGAUUCUUCAAAUCAGCAGCCCUAUGUUGGGAAGUCAUUUCCUCUAAUAAAUCUAAAUGUUACCGGAGGACUUAAAUCAGAUGACUCCACAAUUUCCAUCAUGGGUACCAGAGUGGAGGUCAGUCGAAAAGAUUUUGUUUCUAAAACUCUAUCGUUACCAAAUGGCAGGAUUCCAGAGCCUGCAAUCGAUCUUAAUUUGGCAACAACUGGAAGUGUUUUGGGGAUGGGGGCCACAAUGUCAUUCACACAUUCUCCUGUUUUCGGGUACAAUGGCCUUACAACGGGGCCUACAAUGCCCUUUUCCUCGGGUAUCUAUGGACCUGGUGGCCACAUCCCUUACAUGGUGGAUUCUAGAGGAGCCCCUGUUGUAUCUCAAAUUGUGGGCUCUGCAUCAACAGUUGCGGCCAACUUCUCCCAACCACCGUUCAUUAUGAGCAUGACUAGCACAUUUCCAGCAUCAAACGGGGCUGGGCCUUCACGGCCUAGUUUUGAUCUCAAUUCCGGCUUAAUGAUGGAGGGGGGAAGUAGAGACUCAGGUAGUUUGAGGCAGCUUUUCAGUUCUGGUCCUGGCAGGUCAGUAGAUGAGCACUUGAGGAGCAAUUUGCAACCGUCUGUAAGUUCUGGUGUUGGUGGGAAGCGAAAGGAACCCGAUGGUGGCUGGGAAACCUAUCCGUUUAACUACAAACAUCAGCAGCAACCGCCGUGGAAGUAGGUUUUUUAUUUAUCUUGGGAUCAGUAGGGACUAAACAAGGGGUUUAAUGCUUGCAUAGCUGUAGAUGAGCCAAUUGGAUUUAGUGGGAGAAGGAUUAGUAGAACUGAGAAAAGACAGGGAUUAUGGAUGUAACUUGACUCAUGAGAUCAACUGCCAGCAGAAAAGAAAUUAGGUUUCAUUGUUUCAUAUCUUAUUUUCCUUUUUUUUUUUUUUUCUUUUUAUUUCAUAGAAGCCCAUUGCUAUCAAAAGAAGCUUGUUAUUUAUAAACUCUUUCCCAUAUAUUUUUAAAGAAAACUUGGAGGAAUGUCUCUUUUCUAGUC